AUGGAGAUAGAGUUCGAUUGCCCACAAGUAAAGAAUAUGAAAGUUGAGAUGACACGGCUGUCACGCAAUAUUGAUGACAGGGACAGCCAGAUCAGGUGCCUAAAGGCAAAGCUAAAGAAGAAGGAUGGGCAGGAAGCCGAGGACCUCACCCAGAUUUCUUUGAUGGCGUCUGAUGCGGUCCGGACCAUAGGCAUCUAUCCAUAUGAUGCGGAGUCUGACUGCUCUGAGUUUGAUGAGUUCCAAGGUUUCUAUCCUUCUGAUGACGCCGAGGAAAACCGUCGUGGAAGCUUCCUUGAUGACGAAGACUUCCUCUUCGACGAGAAUGACUGA